AUGCCUCGUCCGAGACUCCGAAUCGCGUUGUCUGGCCAUUCGGUCACGCCCCCCCUCAGCCUCCAACAUGGCUGGCUGUACCUGCAUUCAGGUAGCGGUCACCUUAAUUUACCAAGAAAGACUGUAUUAAUAUUCUGUAUUCUAUUCGCAGUCGAAGCAUGUGUAGACAUGAUUUGCAGGUGGAUUUCACUUGAAGACGACAUCGGAUACUUCGAGGUUUGUUGUCGUUUGGUCUUGCUGUCACGUUCAGACGGAUGA